GCGGAUCUGCGGUGCCAGUGCAGCCAAACAUAAAUAAGCCUCGAGCUCCCCAGCGAGCGGCCGUCCGAUUAUUCAAGUGAAAGAUAAAGAGAUAGCAAGUGUGACGUUGCACCGGGGAGGGUAUCAAUACGAUUAUAUAUAAGCUUUCGGUUGUGUCUAUCCGUUUUUGUUAUAUUGUUGGAUUUGCGCCGAGCUUGGGGUGCAGAACACAUGCGUCGGUACUUGGAAUUUUGAGGAUAUACCUGAUUUACGGUUGAGAGGGCUUGCAAGAUGCUCACCAAGUCCCCAACAGCGACCUGGAUGCCCGCCUGGAUCCCAGAAUCCACGCUCUUCCUCUCCUUCCUCCUCAUGUUCUGCUCAAUGGUUCAAUCCGCCACAGCAGGCUACGACGGCUCCAUGAUGAACGGACUCAACAUCCUCCCCUCAUAUACCGACUACUUCGUCCUAAACCCCGCAACCACGGGUCUGAACACAGCCUCCAUCUUCAUCGGCGGAUUCUUCGGGCCACUCGUAUCAGGAAUUGUUGCUGACCGUUUGGGCCGCAGGCCUGCGAUAUUCUGGGGAUCUGUGAUAACGUUGGUAGGUGUGCUGCUCCAGACCGCGGCGCAAGAUAUUGCCAUGUUUGUUAUUGCGAGAAUUGUGCUGGGUUUUGGUGCUGCGUUGUCGGGCAUUGCGGGAGGUGUUUACUUGAGCGAAACUUUCCCGAGUCAAUGGCGUGCGUGGGGUGUUGGGAUGCUGAAUAACUUUUACUAUGUUGGGGCUUUGAUUGCUGCCGGAAUCACUCUCGGCACAGGAACCUGGCAGUCUACCUGGGCAUGGCGAGCUCCCUCACUUUUCCAAGGGAUUUUCUCAGUUCUCUGCAUCGUCGUUUUGCCAUUCAUCCCCGAAUCCCCACGUUGGCUCGUCCACCAAGGCUGCUACGAAGAAGCGCGCCUCGUCGUCGCCCAAACAAACGCAAACGGCGACCUCUCCCACCCUGUCGUCCUCGCCGUCUAUAAAGAGAUCAUCGACACUCUCCGCUGGGAAAAAGAAGAAGGACGCACCCUCUCCCCCAAAGAAAUCUUCAAGACCCCUGUCUCGCGAAAACGGUUUCUCAUCGGAAUCUCCCCCGGGAUAUUCUCCUGCAUCGCGGGCAACAUCAUCGCUUCUUACUACCUUGGCGCAGAGCUCACUACUGCUGGGAUAAAAGACCCAAUCCAACAACUCAAAGCGAACGUCGUACUCAACGUCUGGUGUCUCGGCUGCGCGUUAGGAGGAACGUACCUGACGGCUUUUUGGGGGCGAAAACCAACAGCGAUUCUCUCCCAAGCCUUGCUCAUUAUUUGUCUAUUUAUUAUAGGUGGGCUGUCGAAAAUGUAUGCUGAUAACCCGGAUCGGGCGAGCAAGGCGCUUGUUUAUGGCGAUGUGGCGGUCAUGUUUCUGUUUCAGGGCUUCUAUAGUAUUGGGUGGACGCCGCUGCUUACGCUUUAUCCGCCGGAGGUGCUCAAUUUCUCUAUCCGCGCCAACGGUGUUGCUGGGACGAGUUUUGCUUUGAAUGCUUUUGCGCUUGUGUUUGUUUUCAUUAUGCCUAUCGGCCUGGCGAACAUCACUUGGAAGAUGUACUUUGUGAACGGGAGCUGGGAUAUCAUUAUUCUUGGCAUGAUUGUUUACUGGUGGGUUGAGACGAAGGGGAAAACGCUCGAGGAGAUCGAUGCGCUGUUUGAGGGCGAAAAGCAUAGUAGUGUGCCGGAUGUGGAGAUGGUACGGAAGGGGCGGGAGCAGAUUGAUGUUAAGGGUGUGGAGGAGGAGAUUAACAUUGGGGUUGAGGGGCAGAGGAAGAUUGAGCAGGUUGGUUGAUCGUCGUGCCAGAUUGACGCACUGCUUUAUUUGUAGUUGCGGGUCACUCAAGAAUGAUUUAGCAAUCGACUUUGCUUUUCAAACCCACUUUUUGCUCAUUGAAUAGGUUUCGACAUGCACUGCACGACGGUGAUAGGAAACGCUAAGGGUCUCGGAAAUUGGUAUCGCCUUUGUUUAGUUUUAUACUAUUGUCGCAUUUUUAUUACCGACCUAAAGGCGACCUCUCAGCUAGAUAUAUAGGUUCACUCCAGAGCCGACAGAAAAUGAAAGGAAUGCCC